AUGGAGCCGGCUUGUGGUUCCUGUAGAAGGUCCAAGGUUCGAUGUACGCACCGCAAGCCCGUCGUCAACCCAAGAGACGGUAAGUCUUGUAUAAAGAAUCCCAUUAUUCUGUUCUUGGGGCGCUGUUUAACCUGUAUAUCUGCAGAUGCCUUUCAGUCAGAAGCACAAAGACCUAUUCAGCCUAAAGAAAGUGAUCAACUUUCACGGGACGAUCCUGCACAGGAUGAUCCGGGAGAGGGUUCCUCAAAAAGAGCAGGUCUUAGGCCCAAGAGCCAACCAGCCGAUACGCCAGAUGGUAAAAUCCCUCCAAAGCCAAGGGGUAGACCUCGAAAGCAUCCCGAGGAGACUCAAGCAGUAGUUAAUAAGGGGAAAGCUGUAGAGGAACCAGAAUCCCCACCUAAGCGACCCAGACGCGGGCGUAAGCCUGCCCAACGCAUCGGAAGCAGUGCUCAAGGUAAGAGUGGCCAGGCUACCGCCCCCGAGCCAGCAGCUGCAACAGUUCCGACUGAAACAAUGGCAGCAAAUAUCUAUAUCGCGACGAACAUGGCUCUAAACAAUGUCCUGGCUGAAAAUUUUCAAGAAACCGUGCGUGAAUGUGAAGUGAAGUGGCAGGCGGUGUCGGACUCACUUGGAGAAGCCAUGGACUCCUUCCGUGAAGCCAAGCGGAAAAUAGAUGCUUGGCUUGAUAUGUGGAAGAAGGGGGAAGUCUAG